AAGAUUAUCCUGAACACUCUUUCUAUCUCUUUUAUUUACAUGAAGUCCUAUUCAGAAUUGAUCUCUGUGUUUUCUCUGUUCAUGGCUGAGUAGUCAACUUGCUUAGUCUAGGGUGUUAGGGUGUUAGAUCCGUGAGUUAAACCUAGAUAAGUGAAACCAUUGAUUGUAUUCAUUCAUAUCUGUUCUUAAUGCUUGCAUUAAUCUGGCUGCUUAAUGUUAGAUCAUAGGUUUAACCUGUUCAUUAACCGUGUAAUAGGUUGCUAGAUCUGUUAUGAAUGAGCCUAGCAUCCCUAAUCAGCGAAAGUAGAUAUUAGGGUGUUUGGUGAACCUAUCGGACCUGAUCUCUAUUGCUUGCUGUCGCAUCUUGAUCCAAACGAGAGUUUAGGUAUCAAGAUCGAUCAGCAUAGGGAGCAGUACCACGACAGUGGGCUGUUCUACUUGAGUGAUCCGAGUUCUAGACUUGCUCUUAAUUAAACUUGAAUAAUUGUUUGGCUCACACUUGUUUAACACCCGAUCAAACCACCCUAGGCUAGCAUUUUUAAUCAUCUGAAAACUUUAAUUCAAUCUAUUAAUUGCUUGUUACGAUUCCUCAACUUUAAAACCCCCAUAUUGUUUUAGCUUGAUUCUGAUCCCAUAAAGAUAAAGUGUAAGAUUUGGUCUCUGUGGAUUCGAUCCUAAAGUGCUACAUCGACAUACCAUUCGAUUGUGGUAGUGUGCACAUUAGGUUAUUUGGUGUGCGUAUACACGUAAUAUCAGUGGUAAUGAUCACGUCAUGUGUAAACAUGUUUGAGUAAUUUGUCAUAUAUUCAUGGAUAUUUAUUAUUAGAAUAAUUAUAUAAUAGAUUAUGGGAGAAUAAUAAACGAGUUUAUUUAAAUUAUGUAAAAUAUUUUUAUAGUUAGAGAAAUAUAAAGUGAGAUCCAAAAAAUAUUUAAAUCUAAUGAAAUGGUCUAACAACCUUGUUUAAAUAGAUUUUUUAAGAAUCCUUCAUUUUUAAUAGUAUAGAUUCAGCGUAAAUGUUAUUUAGAGUUUUCACGCGAAUUACAAAAAAAAUUGAUUUGUGCAACAUAGCGGUUAUAUAUAAUGCAUAAUUUUUCAUAUUUAUUAGUGAAUCCAAAUAAUAGUUGUUAAACUAUAAAUUUUGUUUAAAAUCUGAAUUAAAAUAACAUUUUUCUAUGAAACAUAAAAAUAAAAGCUAAAAUGAUACAAUAUAUUUGAAACUGAUGGAAUAUAACAUAACUGCAGUUAAUAUAUUUGGCGUAGAAAGAUUAACCAAUUAAAAAAGUGGCAAAAUUAUAGAGAGCUACUUAGACGAAGAUCAAAAUUUUGAAGCUAAUCAACGUUGCUUGCUCAAGACGUCCUGAGAACGGACCAUUGCGCGAUUUUAUUGAUGACGCCGAAUAAAUUUCAAUUAACUUUACAUAUAUACAAGCGACCGACGAUGGUAUAUAUAUGACUUUUAUGUUUUUAGUCUAGUUUUAAAGGGGUAUUAUGUAAAGUUGUAAAUAGUCUAAGGAACUACCUUAAACAUCAUGAUUUAUUUUCGAGACCUUGUGUUUAAUUUUUUCUGGCAUCCGCACAUCUAAAACAUCGACGAUAAGCAUAUGCUUUUGGAGUUUUGAGCUACACAUAUUUAUGCUAAAAGAACAUAUCAACAAUAACCAGGUUUUUUUCUAAAAAAAAAACGAUAAUCAGGUGUAAUAUAACGUUUUUCUGUAAAAUUCAAACAAAAAAGAGUAUAUAGUAGUUUAUACUUUUAUGACCGCUUUUUGCUAUCCGGAAUAUAUAUUGAACUAUGAAAUUUAUCCAUAAUUAUUAUAAUGAUUUCAGAGAAGCUUGUAAUUCGUUUUAAUUUGCAGGACUUGUUGGUUUAGUAUAAAGCUUAAGUUAUUAUUUCUGGUCAAGAAUAUCUAGAAAACAAAAGAUAUAAAGUUCGUUCCAACUAACAGUGACCACAUGCUGUCGGUUAACUAGUAAUCUAAUAAUAUAAGUUGUAUAACGCUAAUAUAAAAGCCAAUAUAUUAACAUAUAUACAUAUGUAUGCAUUACUUAAUUAGUGUUAUUGUCGAGAAAAUGAGUUUUAAUUUUUCCAUAAAAGAGAAAGAAGAGAUGAGACUGCUGAAUAAUUGGAACAUAGUAGAUUUACUAGAUGCGGCUCAUAGCAUGUGAUAACAUAUAAUAUGAUUAGUCAAAAAGCAAAAUAUAUGGUAGUGUAUGCCCAUUUUGCUUCACUUGUGAUGUGCCAAGUUAAAAGAACUUUGAACCCUUUUAAGUAAUUGAUUGAUGCAUAGAAUGUGGAGAACCAUGUGAUUUUGUCCCUCCUCCUCCGGACUCUCUGUCAAUUCUACAACAAUCUCUAGCCUUUUGUUGUUUUUAUUAAAAUAUAUUAAUUUUGGUAUAUUCAUACUUCCUUACAUAAUUUAUCUAAUAUAACCUAAGAUAUCAAAGUUGUUUUUGAUUUUUGGCCAAAAUUAAUCAAAACUACAAACUGUACUGAAAUAUAGAAUAUACAACUAUAUAGAAACGAAAUCUUGGUUUAACUAUACGAGUAGUUUCUUGGAGUAUAGGUUAAACCGGAGGCAAUUUUGUACUGUGCAGUUUCUCUGUUUCUUAUUGCAUAUAAGGAGCUUGCAUCGUUAAUCUAAGUAUCAUAGUUAAAAGAUUUUUAAAUAUUUAAUUAGUUAAUCAUGAAUCACAUUUUUGGGUAUAAGAGAAAGGCCUAUUUAGGUAGAAAUCAAAAUUCAGCGUGGUAAUUGCAUAUCUAUGCAUUUUUUUUAAUUAUUUGCAGAACCAAGUAAUUUGUGUACUGAUUUGCCAAUCUGUCCUUGAGCUGAGACGUAUUUAAUGAUCUGCUACCGGGGUUGAGAAACAAAAUUGAUUUUUAUUACAAGUGAAGAGGAAGCAUAAUCAAUGAACUAAACCGGUUACAUUUGAGAUACUUGAAGUACUUAGAUAUUAAAACCGGAUAUAUGUUCAAUGGCGGCCGAAACCUAAAAUUGCAUUUAUAAAACGGAAAUAACCGGUUACAAAUAUAUGUUACUGGAGUAGUUUAUUAUUGUUAGAUAUAAAACGAUGAUUUUUACAUAGAUUAGUUUUGGUGAUCCGGAAGGGAUCAAAUAAUGAGAUUUUGCAGACAUAUUUUUCAGACAGAACUAAAAAAUGAGAUUUACUUUUACAGAGAAACAAUAUAUUGAAAUAUGAAUUGUAUCAAAUCUCUUUGGAUUUUUGCAGGAAAGAGAAUCCCAAAAAAAAAUCUCAUUUAAAAAAAAAAUCUCUAAACCGCAGAAAAUAAUACUACCUUGCUCUUAUCGAGCCUUUUGACGGCGACCCGAUCGCCGUUAGAUUUGUGGAUGGCAACGUAAGUAUACCCGAAUUGACCAUGACCCAACAACUUCCCGAUGCUAUACUGCUCGUGGAAGUCUUUGGCAUAUCCAAACUCGGUACGCUUCCCGCAAGGGACGGACCCGGUUCUCCGCUUGGUGGUUGUUGAGGGCUUGUCGUUGUUGUUUUCCGGAGGAGGAGGAGUCUUAUUAUUAGACUUAGGGUUCUUCUUGUUGUUGUUGGUCUGACUACUACUUCUUCUGCUGCUGCUGCUGGUGGUACCAGUGACUCUAAUUGGGGAGAAACACACAUCCAUGAUGGCGCUUAAGAUUAAACUAACAAAACGAUUCAAAACGAGGAAUACGGUCGAUGAUGGAUUUGGAAAUGGGAGUUGGGAUUAUUCAUUUUAAUAAACAAAAAUGAAAAAGAGAGGAAAGGAGGAGGACAAGAAAGAGAGCGUUGAGUUGGUCAAACACAGAGAGCGAGCAAGUAAGUGAAACACAUGUCCUUUAAUUUACUUUUCUUAUAGUAUUAGGGACACUUUUGGUAUUACUUCAAAAUGUACAGUACCUUUACCACCUACCUAAUUACCACCUAUAACUUUACUAUCUAGUGCAAUUUCCCUAAGAAAAACAACAUCCAAUUUGUUUUUUUAUUCUCUCCAUUUUAAUAUACAUAUAUUUUAUUCAGUCAAAAAAUAUACAUAUAUUUUAUAUGGUUUUUGUCGUUUUAUAACAUAUAAGGUUUUCACAUAAGGUUUUCACAUAUGUAGGUAACUUAAUCUUUAUUAAAAACCGCAUAACUAAUUAAAUUUUUUAAUAUUUGCAUUUAUAAUAUUUAUAUUAUUAUUUAAUAUUAUUUUUGAAAGAAAUAAACUUUUAUUAUAUGUGUAUUGAUAUAAAAUAGAGGGAGGGGUAAUUUGGAAAUAAUCUAUGUCGUAGUUUUUAAUAACACUGUACUAGAAAAACACUUCUCUAGAAGUUAAUUGCAAAAGAAAACUACAUAUCUUUCACUCUUUCAAAAAAAAAAACUACCUAUCUUUCAGUUUUUACAAGAGUAAGUGAAAGCUUCCAUAUAGAGUUUACCGUUUCAAAUCUCCAAACAACACCUGGAUCCAUGAAUUUCAUGAUCCAAUGAGUCAAAUCAUUAGUAGAAAAAUGGACACGUGGAACACUUCCUUUUGAGUCAAGAUCACAUUGUGGGCGUUCAUGUUCCUCUAGUAAUUACAUCCCUAUAUUAGAAUUUUAGAACACAGUCUUUUUUUUUGUCUUUAAAGAAAAAGAACACUUUUUUCAUUUGGCCUCAGCGUUCGGGUCUUCGGAUUGAGUUCGGGCCAGUUUUUUCGGGUCUGAAUCUUUCGUAUCCUAAACAUUUGGACACAAUAGGUAUUUGUAAAUUUUAAGUUCGAGUUUGGAUCGGUUCUUUUCAGUUUCAUGUCGGUUCGGGUCUAUAACUAAAAUACCUAUAAAAUACUUGUAAUUUUCUGGUCCGAAUCGGAUCCAGAUAUUUAAGAUCUAAAAAGAACAUGAAAUAUCAAACUCCAUCAAAUUUAGUCGAUAUUUAUCAUAUGUAUCUAAAAUUUCACAAAAUAACCUAAAUUAAACUAUUAAUAAUUAAACUAAAAUAUUUUAAACUUUAAAUUUACAUUUUAAAGCUUCAUAUUACUUAAAAAUAUUACAAAAUAAUAACAAAUAUUGUCAACAAAAGGUAUUUCAACUAAAUCAUAAAAUAAUAUAUAUAAAAUAGAACACAAAAAACAUAGUUUUGGAUAUACAUAUUUUUAAGUUGGAUACAAAUUGGUUCUUAUCAGAUCGGUUCUUUUCGAUUCUGGUUCUUUCGGGUAAAAAAAAUUGGAUCCAAAUGAUACUUAUAUAUUUUCGGUUUGAUUUCGAUUCGGAUAUUUUCGGAUCAGUUCCGGUUUGGGUUUUCGAGUCCAGGUUAAAAUGCUCGGGUCUAGUUUUCAUAUGCAUAUAAAAUUGAAAUAUAACGUAUAAAUUUUAACUAGUAAAACUUGAAGUACAAAAUAUUAUGUAUAAUUAUAUUUUAACGUAUCAAAUCCUUUUAAAAGAAUCUGAUGUACCAUAAAAUCCCAAUAUUUGAUAACGAAAUGGAGUAUACGUGUUGUUGAUUAGCAAGGCAGAGUUGAACAAAAAUAAAAGAUUAGCAAGGAAGAUUUUUUUUUUUUCUUUUGAAACAGCAAGGAAGAUUUCUCAGUUAGUUUAUGCUGUUAUUGCUAAAUUGUUAUCAUUUUAGACGUAUGGGACUGUGGCGUUUUAAGGACUGAAUCAAGAUAAUUUUUUUGAUUCAUUGACACAUAAGAAACUAUAAUAAUAUGUGCAGUAGCGCAAUUCUUCUUUUUUUUCUUUUUGAUGUGGAUAUUUUGUUAAAUAUCUUUUCAUAAAUUUUCUUUUAUAUAUGAGAUGAAAGUUAAGUGAGAAAUCUGUUUUUCAUCUCUUUUUUGUGUGAAUUCUGUUAGAGUUGUUUCGUUUAGAUUUUUCUUUCAGUGUAAUACGGUUUGCUUUAGGUUUUUGUAUGGUUUUAUUGUGUUUCAUCAAAAAAAUAUUGUCUUUUAGGUUAUUCACAUUGAGUCUAAGAUUAGUAGCCAUUGUUUUAAGAUGAACAGUAAAGAAACUAAGAUAUUUUUUUUUUGGAACUAAAGAAACUAAGAAAAUAAAAGCAAGAAAAGGGACGGUGAAGGUAAAGUUUUUACAUAAUGUCCCAACUUCCAUACUGUUGUGAACUGUUGCAAUAUAGUUUCUGUUUAUCAAAUUACAUCAUCACUUUUCAUUUUCUUCUCCUAUUUAGUAAUUACAGAAUAUAUAAACUACUAUGUUAUUAACAUCUGAUAAAAGAUGAAACAGCCAAAAAACCUGUCAUUAUGGAAGCUUCAAGUUGCAUAUAAAAGAAGCGAAAAGAGAAAGCAUUAGCUUAUAAGAUGCUUAGCCACCACCACUCAUCAAUUCUCCCCGGAGAGAAGAUAUACAAAUUUGGACCAUUCCAGUUUUCUCUAAUGGACCUAAUAUUAAUUACUUUUUGAUCAAAUCAAACCCUAUUUUGUAGCCACUCGUGAUUCCCAUGCAGAUCUCAUUUGAUCAUAAAUCACUAAUACCAUCAUACUUUUUGUCAUCACAUUCAUCAUAUUUUGCCAUCCUCAUCAUUGGCGUUACCUAUCCCGCCAUAAAUAUCAACAUAAGAGACUUGCUUGAAACUUUAUUCUCUAAAAAUUUAUUGAUGGGCUCAUGUGAAGAGGUGGCUGGCUUGCUGCUUUACAUAGUAUUCCAUAUUUGACCCAUUUAUGUAUCUGUUGUGGAACUACCAAUCUAUUUGGUCUCUAUAAAUUGGAAACAAGCCGAUAACAGGCCCAUGACAUGGAUACGAGCUCACAUCAAGGAGACUAAAAUAUGGUCUUUACAAAAUGCCGAAUGCUACGUACGAACCGGCUAGAAUUAUGAUUGUUGCAGUAGAAUAGCCAGCCCACGAAAAAUGGGCUUAGGAUCGUUAGUUAUUCAGUCCAACACCUUUUCUAAAAUAUUCUGAAAAGUAGAUUUAUUUAUUUGAGUAUAUUUGAAAAAAUAACAAAAAUAGCUGGUAUCUAUAAAUUAUUGUCAGCGUUUGACCGUUUGAGCUUUUAUUUAUUGGUUGCAAACGAGCAUGUUUUCAUAAGCUUACUCAAAUAUACUACUUACUACACCACCUAAAUGUUUAAGCUUGAAUUAAAAAAAUAAAAUGUUUAACAGCGGUUAACUGCACAUAGCAAUUGAGAAUAUAAUUGUUUUAAUCAUUGGAAAAAAUAGAAUUGGGAAGCGUGAGCGAAACGUGAUGACACAGUUCUAUAUGAAUAUUUUUUAAUCAAUUUAUUUUUAGUCAGAAAUUAUUUAAAUAAUGAAUAUGUAAGAAUUUUGGUGAGAAGAAUACGAAAAGGCAAGGACGCACUGUAUUGGCCGGUCAGGUGAGGUGGGUCCUUUUACUGCUCCAGUCAGUCUAUUACCACAAGAAACCGCAGAAACCAGAACUCAAAAGGGUUUAUUUGCCAAAUAACCAAAAAAAAAAGAAAAAUUAGAUUUUGGAAGAGAGAGUAGAAAGAGAUAGGAAGAAAAAAUAGGAAAGUGAGGAAAAUUUUGGUUACUUAGUGUAUUUAAGUUUUUUUCAUGUAUAUAUAAUACAAUUUUCCAACUCAAAAAGCCACUCAAUUUUAUAAAUUACUGAGAAUAUAAUAUAAUAUAUAAAGUACUCUAGUAAUUAAAAAAACUACUAAAUCUAAACAGCUGUGGAGGAAUGUCAGUUUUUAUUAAAAUCCCUGAAUAUUUAUUUUAAGAUUACAAAGAAAAUAACAAAUUUCCUUUAAAUUUCUUGUCUUUUGACCUUUUUAUUUUCUUUGAGCAACCUUGUCUUUUGACCUUUAUCUUUUUAUUUUCUUGUUUUCUUUUAGAUUCAUAAUGGUCUCUUUUAUACACUAAUUUAACUUAAUCUAUUUUAUCGUUUCAAAAUUUUAAUUUAGCUUUCUCAUGUAUUCUAGUAUUUUAUUUGUUUAAUUAUUUGACAUCCAACUGUUCUCUAUACGUCAAAAUAAAUUAUUCACCCUGCUCUUUUAUACCUACGUAAUUUCUCCUUUUCACCUUAUUUUUGUAUAAUAUGUUAAUAGAAUCUGACUCCCGUUACUACACAUCAUAAUUUAAACAGUUUAUAUAAAAUAUGGGGAUUCCGGUAUAUUUGUAUUUUUCGUCUUUAAAUAUUCUCUAUACAUAUCUUUGACGUUGUGAUGAUACAAAAGAGUAUAAAUAAUAUUCAUAUAUUAACAUAUUAUAUAUCAUGUCAAGUCAUAUACAACGCUUACAUGCGUAUAUGUCCGUGCGUGUAGUAUAGUUUAGGAAAAAUUUAUUUCCCCUUCAAAGUAUAAUCACUCUCCUUUUGUUUCCCUACUUACAAAAAUCUUCUUCUACGCAUCAAGACGCAGUGAGAGAGAAGAGAGAGAAAGUCCGAUUGUUUCUCCAGUAACUGCAAACCGACCUUGUGUUUGAAAAUGGCGUCGUGCAGGAAAAUGUCAAGUUGUCUACUGAUUUUGCUGAUUCUUAUUUCGACCUAUUUCAGUCUAAUGGCUAAUGGCAGACCCGAACCAAGCUCGUAUGAAACCACUACUGGAGGUGAUCAAGACCAGAAUAUGCUGAUGAGAGGUUUAAUAGGAUCAAGUCCACCAAGAUGUGAGAGAGUGAGAUGUCGUGCGUGUGGACACUGUGAAGCAAUACAAGUUCCUACUAAUCCUCAAACAAAGCUCCAUCACUCUCCUUCCUCUGAGAUUAUCAAUCUUGAUUACACCAGAGGAGACGACAGUACUAAUUAUAAACCAAUGAGCUGGAAAUGCAAAUGCGGUAACUCUAUCUAUAACCCUUAAAGAGAUUUCUUACUUUUGAUCGAUAAUUUUAUUUCUUCGCUUUUGGGUUCAAUUUCUAAAAUAUCUGUGUACAUAUAUAUGCUUUAGUUGUAAUCUCCAGAGUUUCUAAAAAUUCUGCGUUAUUUUGAUUCUGAUGUUGUUUAUUAUUAUACUGUAGUUAACAAACAACAGAGAUAAAUAAAACUUGUGUUAUCAAAUUGAUUUGUUUUUGUUAUUAUAGAUAAUGGGUUUUGAUUUUACAAAUCGUAAAAGUAAAAUCUUUUUAAAAUAAAGGAAAUAUGAUUAGAAGAACACGUAUCGUAAACAGAACGCACGGAAACCUAUUUUCAAGACGAUUCUGACAAAUACCAAUUUUGUGGAUGAAAGUUACAUCACACACGUACGUAUGCAUCUAUGUAAAUGUAUAACAUUAUCCAUGUUCAUAUGAGCUUUAUGGUUGGAAACAAGUUCCAUAGAUGAUGGACAAAUAAUCAGUCGUUUUGCUGUCGUCAAACGUCGCCGUUUUAACGACUAUGUCAUCACAUUGGAUUUGGGUUGUACUUUUUUUAUUAAAAAGAUUAAUUUAUUUUCUCAAAAAAGAGAUUAAUCUAUUUAGUGACCACUGGUGGAUUUUCUGCGUCCUAGUACUUGUUUCAGUAGUGCAAAGGAUUAAAUUAUUUAGUGACCGCUGGUAAUUUAUUUAGUGACCGCUGGUAAUUUAUUUACUCCAAAUGACAUCCUUGUAUUUUCCUGAAUGAAAUAUUCAAAGAAAAUCUGAAACCAAAAAACUAAAUAAGAUAUCUUGACUAAUUGAGCAGUGGAAGAAAACUAAUGGAUACAUUGUGAUAAAUGUACUAUGAUAUGAAUAGUUCAUAGGUUGAGACAUAUUAAACGAUUAAUCAGCAUCUACAUAUUACAAAACGAUGAUAGGUAUUAUGUCUACUUUUAAGUCAAUGAUCAAUUUAUAUUUGUAGGCCAUAAGUUAUAGCAUGUUUUUUCGUUUUAGUCAGAUUUAACAUCUGGAAUAUAUACACAUUAACAUGUAGAAGUUAAUAUGAGAUUGGGACAAACACUAUUAGGCAUAGAGAAAAUUAAAGAGUGUGAGAUGAUGGGAUUGAUCAUGUGGAAAGAAGAAGGGAAUUGACAAAACAAAAGGAGAAGAUGUGUGCUAUUGUCUGUGGGGUUUACCCAUUUCACAAAUCAAGCAAAGCAAACAGUCUUGAAUCUCUCUACUGUUUUUCCUUUGAAUGACUUUACUUCAUUUUUGUUUGUUUGUUUUCAUUUCAUUUAUUACUAAGUAAUAGUGCUACUCAAUAGUUAAAUAAUAAGUAAACAUAUUUGGAAUUGGGUGGAGACCCAUGUUGUGUCAAUCAGAGUCAGUAUACGCCUGCCACUGUACAGUGCUCCCGAUUUAACUAAUCUUCAACGCCGCUCCAAAUAUUUAAUAUGAUAUCUACAAAAUGAGUCCCUUAGAGCACUUCCAUCAAUGCUAUGAGAUGCAAAAAAUGAUUAGUUGUUAAUUAACUAAAAGUGAUUGAUAAGGUUUUAAUAUCCAUCCCAUAAAUUAGUAAAUAACUAUUAUUAUUUAUCACUUACAAAUAAUAAAAUAUAAAUAUAAUCUAGAUGUAACAAAAUUAUUAUUUAUCAAUUACAAAUAAUAAAAAUAUAAAAGUUUUAAACUGAAAAUAACAAAUAAUAUAUAAUAUUACUUUUGGUGUAAGAUUUAGUGUUAUUGUUGGAGGUGACAAAAAAAAUUAACACCAAAACACCAAAUUUGGUGUGAUUUCAACACCAAAUUUGAUGUCAUUGUUGGAGAUGCCCUAAUACCAACUAAUGAAAAGACUCGAAAGAAGAGACAGAAAACUUCCACCUUACAAUUGUAUUAUAUAACAUUCUGAGUAUGUCUUUGUUAAAUCAAUUUUGCUAGUAUGUGUACCGCCGACAUGAUAUGUUUAUACUUUGUAGAAGAUUGAUUGCACACUGUCGCACGAUCGUUAAACCCAUUAAAAGCAAAGUGACAAAAUGAAAAGACUCGAAAGAAGAGACAGAGAAGGAAAAAAUGAGAGUUCCAAAGCAUAAAAUACAAUGGCCAUUCCCAUCUCUUUUUGUUUCUGUUUCUUACCGUUUGUUUAACUGUUUUUAAUCUCUUCUUUGUUGCAUCACUUCCUUGGAACUAUGGAUGCAAUAAAAAGGUUAGAGAUUUAGCCAUUGGAGAUAAAAUCGUUAAAGCACACAGUUGACAAGGUACAAUCACGUGGAUGCACUUUGGACAUAUCCAUAAUCACUUUCUCUGUUUCAAUGAUCUAUUUUGACGUCCAUUGCUCCAUACCUAAUUUAUUGUUCUUGUACGAUACAUACCUUUGUUCAUCAUAAUAUAUGAGAUGGUUAAUGCUUCCACGUGCGAUAGAAGUAAUAUUAUGAGAUCGUAUAUGAGAUCGUGAAUAGAUUAUUUCAUUACUUCAAAUAAUAUGGAUGAAUGGUCAACCAUAUUUCGUCGUGACCUAAAAGUUAGGCAGAGUUGAUCACUCUGAUACGUACUAUAUAUAUAUAUAUAUAUCCAGUUUUGAAUCCAGUAUUUCACAGGAUAAAGUUAAAAUUUUGCAGCAUAGAAUUUUACCAAAAAAAAUUUUGCAGCAUAGAAGUUCAUUUAAGCAUAUAUUUAUAUAUUUGUAGUCUAGACAAAACUGAUUUAAAUAAUGCAGAGAAUAAUUAUUUUGAAAGAGUUGAAGACAAAUCUUACGUACAGGAAAUAAAUGGAGGAGAUUCCAAUGGUCCAAUAUAGAUUUUGGAAAGUUCAAAAAAAAAAUAUAUAUAGAUUUUGGUCUUUAAUUUGGAAAAUAGCAAACACAUCCCAAAUGUGUCUUCUUUUGUCAACAUCUCAAAUGUUUAUAUUCAUAUUGGUUUUAUGUAUAUUAAUAAACAAUGCUUUCUUUUUUAUCAAUACCCUACACAUAUAUUUUUUUUUUCUUUGUUUCUUUGUUGAAGGAUAUAUAUAUAUCUUGCCGGUUAAUAUGUAUAUGCACCAAUUCGUUGAUUCAUUCCCAAGUUUACAUUAUUAGUGGACACACCUGUGGUUAAUUAAAUAUAUGAACACAACAUGAUAAAACUUGGAACUAAUGGUAUAGCCUCCAUGACAUUUUUACAACUAUACCAUCACAGCAUGGCUCAACUCAUAUUGAAAAAUGUCCAACAAUGUGACAAUAUUAGAUCGGUCUGUCUACUGUUAUAAACUUACAUGGGUUGGAAUUUGAAAGAAGCUCCAUGAAGGGUUCUUAAAUUAGUUCAAAGUUUAUAUUGGACGGAGAAAAUAAAACCUGCAUGAGUACUAUAUCACUGUAAGAUGAAAAAUCCUUACAACUUUAAUAAAAUAUGAGUAUACUGUAUACGUAAUUUGGUUAGACUGAAGCAAUUGGUUUAUAUUUAUAAUUUGGUUUAGGUUGUACUUUUAUGCAGUUGAUCCUUAAAAAAAUCAGUGUAACGGGUCAGAAAUGUUAUUCAUCGUAAUAUUUUCUUUAAUCUCCGAUAUCUCCUUGAUCCUUGAUCUAAUCGGAUAAAAUAAUGAUGUAAAAUACAUUUUAAAGCUGAAUUUUAAAUAAAUGAAAAAAAAAACUAGACAUUUGCGUGAGUGGAGCAAAUAGGUCAUUGUAAGGGCACUUUCAUGGGGACCAUUACGGCUUGACGAAGAGUCGUUGCUUAGAAGCGUCAAUACGAGCUGAAACUUGCAGUGCGAUCCGGUCUGGUCCAGUAUUUUACUGGCUAUGGUGUAUAAGUUUUUUUUAAAAAAUCUAUGUAAUAAAUGAGUUACACGGCCUAAUUCUUGUGAUAGAUAGAUCACACGAGUAAAUCGUCCAAAAUUUGUAUAGUCGUUUUUCAAAAUAAAUUUGAAAAAACUACAGGGACCAGUAAUGAAGAAGCUACAGAGAAGAAUUACAUCAA